AAUCAUGGCGGCCGAGAAAAGUGCUGCGGGCUUCGUUGAUACUUCUGUCCACGUGGAGGUCAAAGAUUACUAUGGCAACAUGCUGAAGAACUCAUCGGAUCUCAAGACCAAUGCCUGCUUGGCUCCGGCUCAGUCCGUCCCCGCCUUCAUCCGCCAGGCGCUCCAGAAAGUCCAUCCUGAAGUCACAGCCAGGUUCUACGGCUGUGGUCUGGUGGUGCCUGAGUGUUUGGAGAGCUGCAAGAUCCUGGACCUGGGUAGCGGAAGUGGGCGUGACUGCUACAUGCUGAGCCAGCUGGUGGGCCAAACAGGUCACGUGACCGGCAUCGACAUGACAGAGGACCAGCUGGCGGUGGCCAGGGCGUACAUGGACUACCAUAUGCAAGAGUUUGGCUACAAGAAGCCCAACGUGAGUUUUGUCCAGGGCUACAUCGAAGCCUUACGAGAGGCGGGACUCAUUGAGAACGCGUUUGACAUUAUCAUCUCCAACUGUGUGGUGAAUCUCUCUCCAGACAAGAAGCGAGUUCUGACCGAAGCUUUCAGCAUUCUCAAGGAAGGUGGUGAGUUGUACUUCAGUGACAUCUACAGCAGCGGGAGACUCCCGGAGGAAAUUAAAAGUCAUAAAAUCCUGUGGGGUGAGUGUCUCGGUGGUGCCCUCUGGUGGAAGGAUCUGCUGCAGCUGGCUGAAGAUGUGGGCUUCAGCCCCCCACGUUUGGUGACAGCCAGCAUCAUCACCGUGGACAACAAAGAGCUGCAGGACGUUCUGGGUGACUUCAAGUUUGCGUCUGUGACGUAUCGCAUGUUCAAGAUGCCAAAAGGUGGCGCCGAGUCCUGCCAGGUCGUGUACGAGGGGAACAUGAGAGGGCUGGAGGACAGCUUCUACUUCGACUGUCAGUAUUCCUUCAAGGCCGGUCAGGUGGUCCAGGUGGACGGGGACGUGGCCAACAUCCUGAAGCAUUCACGGUUUGCUGAUGAGUUUACAUUCCGGCCAGCAGGUGGUGCAACUGAGCCCUGUGCAGCCAAAUUUAAGACAAUCGUGGAUCCGUUUGAGCUGAGUCAGCGUCCAGCGUCAGCCUCAUGGGGGCGCUGCAACACACAGUCUGCUGCCUGCUGCAAGUGAGCCGACAGGAAAAGCCUGAAAGUGUUUGUGCAGAAUCACUUUCCUCCACGUGAGCAACUGGAAUUCUGCAGACAGACUUAUGACGGCUUGAAAUAAGAGUCCACCCUCAGCUGAAUCUGUCAAUAUUUAGACAGAAUCAUGUUCGUUAUUGAUUGUUGUCGGCUGUUGAUGCAGCCACAAAACUGACAAAGUAAUAUGAUGAUAAUAAAGUGAUAGCUUCAUGUGAUGAAGGUCCAAAACCUCAUGUGCAGAAGUUUCUGUUAAUUCUGAAUAAAGCUGAACUGUUAUGGAAACUAAACCAGAGAGAAGCUUUUAAACACUCACUCCUCACUUUGUGUUCAUAUCUGUUCUGGGUCCUGGUUCCCUCCACUAAAGAGCUCCUAUUUUCUGCCAUUUGUAAUAAAUGAGUUUCAGUUGAA